AUGAAGUUAUCAUUUAUAGCUGCAGCACUUGCUUCCGCUAUUGCGUUAUGUGAAGGUUCCACCAAGAUGGUGAUUGGCUACUUUCCCAAUUGGUUAUACGCCAAUUAUCCAGUUGAAAAUAUUCCAUACACUAAGUAUACACAUAUCAACUAUGCCUUUGCUAUAUUAAACAAUCCCGACAACCUUCCUUCUUUUUCCGAUGAUUGGGCGGUCGAGAGUGGGUUACCCAAGAUUGUCCAAUUAGCACACAAGAACAAGACAAAAGUACUCUUGUCCAUCGGUGGCUGGACCGGUUCUAAGCGAUUUAGCCCCAUGGUUGCCACGGCUGACUCCCGCAAGAGAUUUAUUGACUGGAAUAUUCAAUUUAUUGAAAAAUACAAUACGGAUGGUGUUGAUAUAGAUUGGGAAUAUCCUGGUCGACAGGCUGCUGGUUGUAAUGAAUUUGCAGAUAACGAUGCCGAUAACUUUCUGUUGUUGUUGAAAGAAUUACGCUUUGCUUUGGAUGCUAGAUUUCCCAACGACCGUAAAGAAGUAUCUAUGGCUGUUCAUGUACAACCUUUCAUCAAAUCGGGUGUACCAAUGAGUGAUCUGAAAGCCUAUGUUCCUUAUUUUGACCAUGUCAACCUGAUGACUUAUGACAUCAACGGUGCUUGGGCUCCUGUCACUGGCCCGAACGCUCCUUUCCGCUAUGAACCUGGCAAAGGCUCACCUUUCUCAUUUGUAGAUAGUAUCAAGCAAUGGAAAGCUGCUGGUGUCCCUAGCGAAAAAAUCACAGCUGGGUUGCCUUUCUAUGGUCGUGCUAUAAAAGCCAACGUAAACAUGCAUGCUACUCAGCCUCUUAAUCAGUAUCAGCCUGCUCAAGUAGGUGCUCCAAAAGGUGACUCAGAUGAUGCUUAUUGGGACGAUCCUUAUUGUAAUGUGGAACCUGGUGGACUCUCAGGUAUCUGGAAAUGGACAAAUCUUAGAAAGGAAGGUUUGAUCAAGGAUGAUUUUGUUUCUACAGGCGCUGGUUGGACUCGUCACUGGGAUGAUGUUUCACAAACGCCUUGGCUGUUCAACCCUUCCUCUCAGAUGUACAUCACCUAUGACGAUCCUCAAUCAUUAAAUAUCAAGGUACAACAUGUCAUGUGUGAGGAUUUGGCUGGCGUCAUGGUUUGGGAUAUUCAUCAAGAUAAUGGUGAGCUUUUGGACGUUGUCAAUAAGGUUCAUGAGCCUGUCGAUCGAGCUACAUGCCAGUUGCAUUUAGCUGCUCCCAAAUCAGGAAACCCCCUUUUUACCCCUGCUUCAUCAUCUGCUUCUACGCCUUCUCCAACUUCUGUAGCAGCUGCCAGUCCUGAACAACCUGAUGAAGACGAAUAUAGCGAUCUUGAUGAAUGGACUGUUGAAGCUAGCCCCGAAAUCGCCACUCCAGUUGCAACCGCUAGUAUUUCUACAAAGGCUACACCAGUCGAAGAGACCUUGUCCAUUCAAACAGUAGAUUCUCCAUUGACGACAGCAGUUUCAACUGCUCCAUCGCAAGCAGUACCUACAUCAUUUGGCUCUUUGAGUGGUGGACAAGGUUGUUCAGUUCCUGGUCAACAAAAGUGUGUUCAUUCUGGCCAUUCUCCCACAUGGGUAACCUGUAACUUUGGUCAAUGGCUUGAACGUGAAUGUUCUGCUGGGCUCGUUUGCAUUGAUGAUCAAGGUGCUCUUUACUGUGAUUUCCCUUCCAACAGGCCGCUUCAUCAUGUUGCAAAAGCUGAUACCGUCAAUAACAAUGUCGUUAGCAGUAAAGUAGUCAGUAAGGCUCCCAGCAAGUCAAUCAGUAUCAGUUCUGCUGUACGAUCAGCAGUUUUCAAGUCACCAGCAUCUGCUUCUGUAUUAGCAUCUGCUUCUGCAUCAGCAAAGCCUUCAACAAGGCCGAUACCAAAGGGAAAUAGGAAGAAGGGAUCCUUUGUGAAGAAUAACCACAAGUACUCAUUAGCUGUGGAAAAACCCAAUGAUGAAGCAGCUCAUGCUUAA